AUGAUGGUCCCUAGAGCAUUUCUGUUUAGCUCGGCGCCACCGCAGAAACCAUUUCAGUCUGGGGUGAAACCCUUUAUGCCGUCGGGGUGUUCUGGACAUCCUCUCUCUGCCACCAACACCGAGACCCGUGGGUCGAUCAACACUAUUCCAGUGGUAAUUCCUCCAAAGCGUGGCUGCAGCCCGCGGACUAUGCCAGCACGUCGAGAUAUGCGUUCACGUACCUUGUCUAAAACCUCCGAAUCCUCUCGUCGGUCCUCCUCCAGCUCAUCCAACGACCGCCCCAUCCCUACGUCAUUCACCUCGAUGUUGGAUGCAACGGCCAUCCCCGUCCCGCGACGAAACUGGACCACCCGCAGACCACGGAAACUACCUCGUGGAAACCAUGAAGAAGAUUUUAGGCGCAUGUUGCAAGAAGAUAUCAAGUCGAAAGAAGAUAAUUUCCUGGAUGGGACCGCCUACUCCCCUCUUGACAUCCUUCUCAGUCCACCCGAUCAAGACAAUGAGAAACACCUACCUUGCAACGAUUCCGAGCACGAAUCACCACUGUCAGUGAGGUCAGCAUCAAGCGAUUCGAUGCCGUCAUUAGACCAUGGCCUAUCAUCGCCACCCAGUCUUCCCUCGCCAACCCCUCCCAGUCACAGAAGUCCCCAAAGUCCACGAAGUCCACUAGAGAGACGACAGCCUCGGUAUUCACUUUCCGAGGAGUGUGCCUUGGACCAUCCUCUGCUUGAAACUGAACUCGAUGAAUGUGAAUAUAUCGAAAUCAAGAACAACAAUGAGCUUGUCAACACAGUGCCCGCAAAGCGAUCUGCAUCAUUUGGACGCCUCGGAUCUUCUUUCAAGUCGAACCUCACAGCAUCUUUACGGGCUAUCAAAUCGGCUGCACAGUCAGUUUCGACAUUUGCCACGCCUUCUGUGCAACCCGAGGACUUCCUCACUCGAUCUCUCUUCACCAUCACCCCAGAGAUGACCGAUGAUCGUCGUCCUUUGCCGAUGCAAGAAACACCUUCUCCAGCACUACGACGCUACUUGAAUCCACCCCCGAUGAACCCAACCCCGAUGUCACCGGCAGAGAUGUACGUCUAUCACGAUCAUCCCCACGACAAGCCAAAAACCUCCAGUACAUCCCCCGUUUCGAUCCAAAUGCAGACAUAUCGUCGAGCCGGCGGCCGUGGGAACCGACGAAACCAUUUCCACAUCGCGAGCAAGGAUCAGAAAUUCAUUGCAUUCGACCCGGAAGUUCCACCCAUGUCACGCCAGCGCGAAAUUCGUGAAAACAGCGAUUUCUUGCGCGUGGUUGUUCUCGAAAUGAACAUGCGCCGCAGCGGCAAACUCCGCGACGACAUCCCACCCCGUGCUCGCAUCUGGCUGCCAGCACGCAAGACAAAUUCCCACUUGUCGGGACAAUACGAGGACGGAGAUGACAGCAACACCGUUCCGUCCCGGUGGGUGGGUGUCUCAGCCCAGUGA